AUGGAGCUGUGUUCAGUCAGAGGAGACACAUUAGAGGAGGCUGUGAAGGCGGCUGUGAAGGCGGCUGUGAAGGCGGCUGUGAAGGCGGCUGUGAAGGCGGCUGUGAAGCCGGCGGCUGUGGAGGAGGCGGCUGUGGAGGAGGCGGCUGUGGAGGAGGUAGCUGUGGAGGAGGUGGCUGUAGAGGUGGAUCUGGAGGAGGCUGUAAAGGUAGCUGUGGAGGAGGCUGUGGAGGAGGCUGUGGAGGAGGCUGUGGAGGAGGCUGUGGAGGAGGCUGUGGAGGCGGCCGGGUCAAGGUUAAGACGAGGUCAUCCAGAGCAGGUCCUCACAGGCCUCUCAGUGUGGGGCAUAUGA